UUGCAGCUCUCUCCGUACGACAACCUGCUGCUCUGUCAGCCCGUCUCCUCUCCGCUCCCACUCAGCGGUGCGAGCUUCCUGAAGCUGCUGCAGAACCUCGGUCCAGAGAACGCCUGCACGCUGUUGCUCGCCGUCCUCACCGAACACAAACUGCUGCUGCACUCACUCCGCCCCGACGUCCUCACCUCCGUCAGCGAGGCCCUCGUCUCCAUGAGUUUCCCGCUGCGCUGGCUCUGUCCCUACAUCCCUCUGUGUCCGCUGCAGAUGGCCGACGUGCUGCUGGCGCCGAUGCCCUUCAUCGUGGGCGUCCACUCCAGCUACUUCGACCUGUACGACCCCCCCACUGACGUGGUGUGUGUUGACCUGGACACCAACACCAUCUUCCAGUCAGAGGACAAGAAGCCGUUGUCAUGGCGAUCGUUACCCAGGAAACACGGCAAAACUCUGUUCAACACCCUGACUAACCUCCACAAGACGCUGGAGAAAAUUUGCACUCCCGGUCAGGAGGAGGCGACGCUGGAGUUCCUGCUGACCGACUACGAUCAGAUCUACAGGAGCCAGAAGCAGCUGGAGCUGGAGAUCCAGGAGGCGUUCCUCCGCUUCAUGAGCUGCCUGCUGCGAGGAUACCGAACCUUCCUGCUGCCCAUCACGCAGGCGCCGUCAGACACCACCACCGACUGCAGCUCGCUCUUCAACCUGCAGGGUGAGCAGCGGCAUCGUCGACUCAAACGCUUUAGCUUAAUCCUGUCGUGAUCGAAUGUGU